AUGAUUACCGCACUUUACUGCCGCUGGCUCGGCCUCCCUCAAAAAGAAGUUUACGGUACAUACGCAAGCCAUUUUGGCGGAAGUGCUGAUUCUGAUUUGGCCGAAAAGAAGGAAAGAAAGCAAACAGUACGGAGAAUGUUAGGUAUAAUGACAGAAUCCACCACUGCUGUACCAAAUUGGGAAGAGAAAGGUGACAGCAACAGUGUAGUAAUUGAUUCAGAAGUUGAACGGUCGAAAGAUGAAGCAAUGGAAGAGGUAUCGAAGUCGUUCUCAUUACCAGAUCAUCCAGCUCCAAUACAAGUCAUUGAAAGCCUUGAUGAGCAACAUCAGUUUCGUUUAGAUGAAGAAGCGCUUGAGAAGGUUCUUUUGAGUCCAGAUGUUAUCGACAAGAAGGUGUCUGUAAUCAGCGUGGCGGGUGCGUUUCGGAAAGGAAAAAGCUUCCUUCUGAAUUUCUUUCUACGUUAUCUGGAUGCUUCCGAAGAGAAGCGACGCUCUGGAGAUUGGAUUUAUGAUGGUGAUCGUUUGGAUGGGUUUAGCUGGCGAGGAGGUAGCGAACGUGAAACUAGCGGUAUCUUAGUGUGGUCCCGACCGUUUAUUAUGCGCAAUCGAGAUGGUGAAGAUACAGCUAUUAUAUUGAUGGACACUCAGGGAGCUUUUGAUAGCCAAAGUACCGUAAAAGACUGUGCUACUAUUUUUGCCCUUUCAACUAUGAUUUCUUCCUUGCAGAUUUAUAAUUUGAGUCAAAAUGUGCAGGAGGACGAUUUACAGCAUUUACAGUUGUUUACCGAAUACGGCAGACUGGCACUGGAAAACACACCAGCUAAGCCAUUCCAAUCAUUAUUAUUCCUAGUACGUGACUGGAGUUUUCCAUAUGAAGCAGAAUAUGGCUUCCAAGGCGGUGAACGACUGCUCGAACGUCGUUUGCAGGUUUCCGAAAAACAACAUUUAGAGUUGCAACAACUGAGGCGGCAUAUACGUUCAUGUUUUGAACAGAUAUCAUGUUUUCUGAUGCCUCAUCCUGGGCUUCGAGUCUCCACAAGUCCAGUUUUCCGUGGACAAAUAAAUGAUAUUGAGAAUGAAUUUCAACAACAGCUACGUUCUUUUGUUCCGCGUUUGCUAGACUGCAAUAAUUUGGUAUUAAAGCAAAUUAAUGGCCGAGAAAUAACUUGUCGCGAACUAGUGGAAUACUUCAGAGCUUACAUGACAAUAUUUCAAGGAGAAGACUUGCCAGAACCAAAAUCAAUGCUGAUGGCUACUGCGGAGGCAAAUAAUUUGGCAGCAGUUUCAACUUCUAAAGCUCAUUACGUGAGGAGAAUGGAAGAUGUCUGUGGUGGUGAUGCACCGUACAUGAAUUCAGCAGACUUAGCAGCAGAGCAUGAACGGUGUUACAAAGAGACCAUUAAUCUGUUCAAAGCAACGAGAAAGAUGGGUGGCGAAGAAUUUUCCGAACAUAAGAAUUUGUUCAAAUCGAUGCGAACGCCUGCUGUGUUGGUAACAUUUAUGAUCGUAGAUUAUGUGCUACAAGAAUUUUUCCAAUUGAUUGGUCUGGAUACCAUCGCAAGCCUAUUUUCUGCUGCACUCUGCAUUGCUGUUGUUUCACUUAGUAUAUGGGCUUACUCAAGAUAUAGCGGUAAUAUGAGAGAUAUCGGUGGUAUGGUUGAUGAUACAGUUACAUGGGCUUGGCAUAAUUUCUUGUCAUCAUUGACUCAAGAAAGCAUGCACCGUGCUGUUGCUAUUGGACAUCGAUUAACGCAGAACGGUACAGCACUGCAUAGGAGGCAUACAGGCGAUCGAAAAGAUAAGAAGAAUUCUUGA